GGUUCACACAUAUACUAGAACCCACCUCGAGGAAACCAAAUACAUACUGCCUUUUUACCACUUAGGCAACUGUCUUCAAAAUCAUCUCCCCAUAUCUAUUCAUAUUGUGUGCUCAGGAUGUCUACCCAAGCAGACUCUCCCUCAACCCUCAUCUCAAGCCUUCUCAAGACUGUCGAACAAGACAUCAUCCCUCUCACCCAGAAAGGCGUUUCCUCAGGAUCCAAAGUUUUCGGUGCCGCGAUCCUGUCCCGCGCCGACCUCAAGCCCCUAACAGUCGCCACCAACAACGAACGCGUAUCUCCCCUCCUUCACGGUGAAAUAAACUGCAUCCAGCAGUUCUUCACCGUCGACUUUCCUGAUCCCACUACACGUCCUGAUCCGCGAAAAGACUGCAUUUUCUUCGCCACACACGAGCCGUGCAGUCUCUGUCUGAGCGGCAUCACAUGGUCGGGAUUUACUGAAUUCUACUACCUCUUCACGUAUGAGGAUAGUCGGGAUCUGUUUGCGAUUCCGUAUGAUAUCGAUAUUCUGGAGCAGGUGUUUAGAGUUAAGGGCGAGGAGACUGAGGAACAGUUAGAGAGAAGACCGCUGUACAAUCGGACGAACAAAUUCUUCCAUGCGAAGUCACUGGUGAACGUAGUUGGUGAGAUUGGCGAUGAGACCGAGCAAAAGAAAUGGCUAGCGGAGAUUGAUAGAAUCAAAGGCUUGUACAACGCGUUGAGUGAGACUUAUCAGGAGGGGAAAGCAGCAAAUGCCCAAACAUCGAGUGCUUGGAAAUAGUUUUUGGCUAGCACAUCUCGAUAACUUCGAUCUUGCAAGAAUACAGAG